GAUUUUGCACGCGCAGGAAGAUCUUGAAGCCGAGCGACUGCAACCAUCUCCCCUCAAGCUCCGUAUAGCGCUAGCAGUAGAGAGCAGUAAAGCCCGGCGCAUGCUCAAGUCAUGGCAGCAGCAGUAUCCUCCCUCGUGGUUCUUCUCUCCUGCCUCUAUCUAGUCUGGCGAGCCGCACAGCUCUGGUCGGCUCCCUUGCAACUCGUCUUCCGCUACCUGCAAAUCGAACUCCCUUCCAGCCCGAGACUCACCGUCGAUGCUCUAUCCGCAGACAGUGUCAGCUUACACUGGGCGCCGCCGGAAAGCUAUGUCAAGAAGCACAUCAUUCAAAUGGACGGACAAGAGGUCGGCAUCUCUGUGCGCGGUGAAACGAGCGUCACCAUCUCUGGCCUAACGCCGGACUACCUCUACAGCAUCCAGGUGAUUGCUGUAAAUGCGCAUGGCUUUCAAGUCGCAAGCCCAGUGUUCUACGUCAAGACACGGUCUAGGCCUGGUUCAGCGCGUGAAGUGGAACAGAGCCAGGAGGUUGAGGUGGAAGCUCACACGACUUCCAGCGAUGCGCCUGCGCUGCGUGUGCCUAAGAAGAAGGCAAGCAUGGAUAUUCUCAAGAUUAAGGAUCCCUUGCCGGGCGCACAGGCAUUCGCAAAGGACGAAGCAAAGGCGAUUGCAGACUUGACGUCCAAGAUGGAAGGGAUCCUCAAGGAGACGACCGACAUUGAUGCACAAAUCACAGCGCUCAACAGUCAUCAUACGGAAGAGGAGCAGGCUUUCUUAAAGAAGCUUGAUGAAUGGCGGCAAAAGAAGAAGGGUGAAGACGAUGCACGCGCGACACGCGACCAGCACCACAAACAGCUGGAUCAGCAAAAGAGAGAGAUUGAGACGCGUCGCAACCAGGUGCAAAAGGCACUGAAGUUGGCGCAGGAAGAAUACAGGAGACAGUGUGCUGAUAUGGAAGGUUUUGCUGAGGCUGUGCGAGUCUCGAGUGAGGAAACUGCAAAGCUGGAGAGGCAGACCAGAGCCAUGAUUGCAGAGACGGAUCAUGCCAUCAAAACAUCGGAACGGGCAGGUGCUCUCGCUUCAGAAGAGCUAGUGGAAGUGGAAGCAGAAAUCCGAUAUCUCCUUGCGCGCAAAGCGGAGGGAGAGGCAGAUAUUUCACGUUUGCAAAGCGGAUCUCGUGUCGCAAGUCCAAGUCCACAAGAGGUGAAUGAAGCAGCAAAAGACGACGCACAGUGGAAGGACCGCGAGGAGACACUUGUACGGCAGUAUGAAGAUGCCUGUCAGCUCCUGUCGCGUUUACAGCAAGGCCUCCGCAGCGGUACGCCCAUCUCGGAGGGCUCCUCCAACGAUCUUGGUUCCUUGCGGCGACGACAGUCUAGAAAGGCCAAGGAAAAUAUCGAUCACCGUCACGCCAUGCCAUCAUUCAACCCGGAUGCCGCCCCUUUCGUUGCUGCCAACAAUACCAGCUUCUACCCAGAGACUUCUUUUGUCGGUGCAGCUGCCCAUCCUUACGAAGCACCGAGCCACAGCGCAGCGCCUCCUGGUCUAAGUCGCGACCCUGCACCGAUCAUGCCUGGGGUGACCAGCAUCUUCAACGACGAUACGCUCUUCCCACGUCGCGGUUCGCCCUUUGCAAGCGCCGUUAUUCCAGGUUCGCUUGGUGGCGCACGGCGAGAAUCACCUCGCUCCAGCCAGUCUGGCUCAAACCCUUCGUCUCCGGGUGUCAUCAACCCGAUUUUGCAUGCACCUGCUUCCUAUGGUAUGCUGCCAUCUAUCUUCAACGCUGGUGCAUCUCACCAAUUGAAUUCGUCACUGCAACUUGAGCGAGAACGUGGAGGUCAACGCGCCACAUCAGGCAGUCUGGUUGCUAGUCUCAAUGGCACGCCAUUGAGCGAGUCUCAGGAUCACUCCGCUGUAUCCAGUGCACCUGGCAGUGUUCACAACAUGCAGCAUAGUCUGGGACUGGGCAACGGUGCCGGAAUAGUUGGCAAAGAUCGAUCGCUCGUCACUGCUGCCACCACCAACGGCACAGGCAACUGGUUCUGGCCAUCAUCGUCCAAGAAGGUGCCGAUCAAUGCUCAGGAUCCGCUGGCUCUGGAUCGUAAGAACACUCGCAGUUUGCCAAAGACUGAUGUGGCACCCAUUGGAACGCGUCGCCCACGCUCUGGAAGUCUACGAGGGGAGGAUGGCGGCAUCAUCGCACCCGCCGGGUCAAGAUUGGGCCGGACAUAUCAGGAAUCGGAGAGGAAUGCAGUGAGUGGUCAAGCUCUAUCGCACGGUCUACCAAAACCAGGAGAUGCCGCAACAUCGAUGGAGUUCGGUUGGACUUCUCCGAAGAAUGGCUUUCAGGCUACAACCGAUCCAUGGACCGCACCAGAUGUGCAGGGCCUAUCCCAUUCUACAACGGCCUCAAGCUUUGACCCCUUUGGCAGUCUUCCGAAGCUGAGUAUGCCUGCACCAACGCCUUCGUACCACACUGCUGGUCUUGCUGAGGGUCGUUUGCUAUUGUCACCAGACCCAGAGUCAGACACAGACACGCCUUUCUUUACUGCGCCAGUCACUGCUCCUGUGGGUCAACCAGAACCAUUUUACCAUACGACUAUUGACGCAAGCAUGCUUUCGGGUGGCAAUUUACAGCGAGAGCUGUCCAAUGCCAGUAGUCGCAAGUCGAACGGUAGCGGCAGUGGCGAUGUUAGCCGACGCAAGCUCGUGGGCUCCGGCAAGCAAUUCACAAGUUUUGUGGGACGUGUCUUUGGUAAGAACGGAGAGCCGUCUGCGUCGCAAGGUUGAUCAAUAAAUGAAGUGUAAGUUCGUCAAGGGAAGCGUGGUGGCGGGCUCGCAAGCGACUACGACGCCAUCUGCUUUGACUGUGUAGGACUCUGGAUCAAUCUCCAAUAGUGGUCGCGAAUCGUUCAAUUUCAUGUCCUUCUUCCCAAUGCCGCGUGUGUUGACGACUGGCAUGACUUUCUUCUUGAGUCCGUACUCCUCCUUGAUAUUGCGACCAUUUGACAUGGCAGC